UCCUCUCUGCUCCAUCUCUCUUUUACGGGUAACUUUAAAAAAAAAAAAGACAUCGGAAGAAUGCUUUUCUGCAUAUUUUUCUCUGCCGUGCACCGACUCUUCACUGAAAGCUGCCAAAGCUGUGGUUAACGCGAGCUGAGAAAAGCAAGCAACCGAAGAAAGAGGACCAUUUGAUGGAAGAAAAGAAAAAGAAAAAACAAGAAGAAAAGACCAAGACGGACAUCGCUCAGAAAAAGGCUGCUGAUCAGAAACCCAAAGUGCCAGAGCCUGCUCCCACUAAGCCCAGUCUCGGCCCACCCCACCACCUCCACCCCGCCAGCCCUACGCUGCCCCUCUCCUCCUCCUCUUCUUCUGGCAAUGGCAAGCGCGCCUCCUCCAGUAGCCAACUCCCAACUCAGACUCCCCCUCAGCAGCAGUGCCAGUUGUCCUCUGCCAGUGCUCGCUACCCACCCAGAGAGGUGCCCCCGCGCUUCCGCCAGCAGGAGCACAGGCAGCUACUGAAGAGAGGCCAGCCACUGCCUGCAGGAGCCCUCAGCGCUCUCACCCUCUCCUCCUCCUCUUCCUCCUCUUCCUCUUCGCCUUCAUCAUCUUACUCUUCUUCUUCUACGACUACCAGCAGCACUACCCCAAACUCUGCCACGUCCACUGUGGGCAAACGCCACCCAGACAUAUCCCUCCAGAGUGGCCCUGUUGCCCAGUAUGAGACCUCUCAUUGGGGAGCCUCUUUGCCAGUUGACAGCCCCUCCAGUGCCAACAGCUGGGACAAAGUGAUUAUUGACGGAAGUGACACAGAAUCUUGGCCCUCAAUCAGCCGCAGUAGUGACCCCAGCCACCCUGCAGCACCAGAAUGCCCCUUGGGCUCAACUAGCUCUAACCAAGACACCAGUGCUGUCACUACCACCAGUAGUAGUAGUUUUCUGAGUAUGGCCACAGGUGCCACAGGCCAGCAGGCCCACUACCCCUCUCUCAAAGCUAACAAUAAUAUGAUGACAGGACCUGGAUCAGCCAACACAUUAGCUGGUAAUAGAGGCUGGGGCUCUGAUGGGAAACAAGAUGGUAUGAAUGGUGGCCGAGUAGGAGCACCCAGUAACUGGGGCUCUCCCAAUUUUAACUUGAACCUAAAUCCCAAUGCCAACCCAUCUGCCUGGCCUGUUCUGGGCCAUGAGGGUGGUGGAGGUGGUGGUAUUGGCCCCAAUGGGGUGUCAAACUCUCCAUCCCUCCCACCAGGUAUUAAUGGAAAUGGAAAUAUGGGAAAUGGGAGCCUGGGAGGUGCGGAUAAUGGUGGGGGAGGUUGGGUUGGCAUGAUGAGUGCUAACGAAAAUGAUCAACAACACCCUUCAACCAACACAAGUUUGUCCUUCAAUAUGGAACCUGCUAACCUUAACACUGAUGGACCAAACCACACUAAGCAACUGCAGCAAGCUCAGGAGCCUAUGAGCCCUAUCCAUGGGUUAACUGGCUGGGGAGGCCAGUCACCCACUGAAUCAUCCCAACUUAAUGGGGACACAACAGGCAGCUCUGUAUGGGGAAGUGGAGAAACCAAGGCAGCUGACUCUCCCAAGGACUCAGGCUGGGACUCAACUCCCUCUGGAGGCCAUUCUACUUGGGGCCGUCAAGGCAGUGGCGGUGGGAGUAGUGAAAGUGGUGGCUGGGGUGACUGGGGGAAAUCCUCUGGUGGUGGAGAAGCAUCUAAAGGCUGGGACUCAAUAGAUGCUGGUAGUUCUGGUUCAGGACAGGAACAGCAACUUAGCUCAUGGGGCCAGCAGCCUGGUACAGCCCCAGCAAGCGAGGGUAGUGGAGAUAGCAACGAAGGUCAAUCCCAACAGAGAGACAGGUCCUCCAGCAUGGAUUAUUCCCCUAUGCUACCCCGGCAGGACCUAGACCCUAGGGUGCUAAGUAACACAGGUUGGGGACAGACGCCCAUCCGACAGCACACUGUAUGGGAGAUGGAAGAAGCCAACUCUGAUGAUGGGAAGAGCAACAGCAGCUCAGACACCUUAGGAGGCUCUAGUUCUAAUGGUGGACACUCAUCCACCAAUGGAGGCACUGUCAACCCAAACAUUGGCCCUAACCAAAGGCCUGGGUCUGGAGGAAAAAGUGACAGUGAAGGACCAUCUUCCUCUGGCUGGGGAGCUCCUCCACCUCAGCCAAUCCAGACUGGAUCAGGAUGGCGGGACCCCCCACAGUCACUCAGCAAAGCCCCAAAUGGCACUACCAGAGGCUGGGGAGACCCCUUGCCUACCAGUGGUCCUAGAAAUGGAGGCACACCAUCCUGGGGUUCUGAGGACAAGACACCCAGUUGGGACGAUGGCCUGACGAAAAGUCAGACUACUAGCUGGGGAGAGGGCCCCAAAAGCUCCCAUGGUUGGGGCAACAGUAAUGGGGGCACCAAUGGCUCCAGCACAGGGGAGUGGGGAGAGGCAGAGGUCAAGAACAAUGGAUCCUCCAGCAGCAUGUGGGAGGGAGAAGCAGGGAAUGGAGGAAGUGGUGGAUGGAAGGAAAGCCCCAGAGGAGGAAAUAGAGGAGGAGGUUGGGGUAAGCCGGCUCCUACUGUGAGUAAUAGCAGCUGGGGUGAGACCCCACGUUCCAAUGGCCCAGUGCAAGGAGGCUGGGGAUCUUCCAAGCCCCAGGAAAGCAGCAGCAGCAGCAGCAGCAAUGGCAGCGGAGGAGGUGGCAGCAUUGGUUCAUGGGGUGGUCCCGGUUCUGUGAAGCAGAACACACCAAGUUGGGGCAAUGGCAACAAACAGGACCAGGGCAUGGAGCCCACUGGCUGGGAAGAGCCCUCCCCUCCCUCCGUCCGCAGGAAGAUGGAGAUUGACGAUGGAACGUCCACCUGGGGCGAUCCCACGAACUACAACAAGACUGUCAACAUGUGGGAUCGCAACAAUCCCAGUGGUAACCCAGGCAACAGCGGCCCACCUCCCAGUAAGAAUGGUGGAGUGAUUAUUCCCAACAAUAACAACAAUCACUCAGUUGGCCCUAGCAACAACAAUCACCAUCACCCUCACUACAUGCAUCACCAUCCUCAUCAUGGCCAACCCCAAACUCACCUGCAACACCAUGGAAACAACAAUGGGUCACACAACAAUGGGUCACACAACAAUGGGUCACCCAACAAUGGUGCCUCACAUCCAGGUGCGGGCCCCCAGGGUAGACCUCCCCUCGCCAACCCAGGUUGGGGAGAGCUUCCCAGUGUUCAACCCAAGUCGGAGCCUGCUUGGGGAGAGCCAGCAGCUCCAACAUCAACUGUGGACAAUGGCACCUCUGCCUGGGGCAAGCCCCCAGCGGGGGUAGGGGCAUGGGGAGACGGUAGUCACGAGCCCUCUGGACCCUAUGGCAGGGCCAAUGGACCCCCAAGUUCUGCUCCCUGCAAGCCAGGUCCCAAACCUAUGCAAGAUAGCUGGGGAAAUGGAGGAGAGGAGAUGGGCAUGUCUACUAGCCAAUGGGACACAGAGGAUGGGGACAUGUGGAACAGCCCCACCUCUCAGGAGAGCAGCUCUUCUUGCAACUCCUGGGGCAAUGGAGUCAAGAAGGGCCCAAGCAAGGGAAAGAUUGUCAACAAGCCAGAUGAGACUUGGAUCAUGAACCGUCUCAUCAAACAGCUCACUGACAUGGGCUUUCCGAGAGACCCUGCUGAGGAGGCUUUGAAGAGCAACAACAUGAACCUUGACCAGGCCAUGAGCGCCCUGUUGGAGAAGAAGACAGACCUGGACAAGCGAGGCAUGGGCAUGUCUGAUUACAGCAACGGCAUGAACAAGCCCAUGGGGUGUCGGCCCUCUGGACUCUCCAAAGACCCCUCGGACCGCAACGCCUUUCUUGACAAAGAUGGUGUUAUGUCUGAUGAUGCGCCCCCAUCACCAUUUCUGCCUUCCCCCAGCCUGAAGCUCCCCCUGGCCAACAGUAGCCUUUCUGGGCAGGGUCUGGGACAGGGCAACCCGGGGCUGGCCAUGCAAAACUUGAACAACAGACAACAGAUACCCAGUGGAAUGUUUGGCAGUAGUGGAGCAGCACAAACCCGGGCCAUGCAGCAGCAGCCUCCUCAGCCACCAGUGCCACCUCUCAGCUCCUCCCAGCCUACUCUACGUGCUCAAGUGCCUCAGUUUCUCUCCCCUCAGGUCCAAGCACAGCUCUUGCAGUUUGCAGCAAAAAACAUUGGUCUGAAUCCUGCACUUUUAACCUCACCAAUAAACCCUCAACAGAUGACUCUCUUGUACCAACUUCAGCAACUGCAAAUGGCGUACCAGCGUUUACAAAUCCAGCAGCAGAUGAUGCAGGCGCAACGCAAUGUUUCCGGCCCCAUUAGACAACAAGAGCAGCAAGUUGCACGUACAAUCACCAACAUGCAGCAGCAGAUCCAGCAGCAUCAGCGUCAGCUGUACCAGGCGCUGCUGAUGAAGCAGCAGCAACUUCCCUCUCAUUCCUCCUCCUCUUCUUCCUCCGCUGGUCUGCAUGCUCCCGGUGGCCCCACCGGAGGCCCUGGCUCCGGCAAAUCAAACCUGGAUCCCUUCACAGGCCCACACCAGGCUCCGGGCCUCGCCGACACACUGCACACCAAAGAGCCGCCGUCUUCACCCAACGCCUACAGCACCUACCCUCUCACUGGACUGAAUCCAAACAUGAAUGUAAACUGCAUGGAGGUUGGGGGUCUGUCCCUGAAGGAGCCCCCUCAGCCCCAAUCCCGCCUGUCCCAGUGGACACACUCCAACUCCAUGGACAGCCUCUCUGGCAACUCCUCAAACAUGGAGAACAACCUCAAUAAGCACGGUGCCAUAUCUGCUGCCUCUACCCUGGGCCCCCCUGGGAAGCCCCCCCAGCUGGAGGACUCGUACAGCCCUUACAAUCUAAUGUCCAGCUCUGAGUCCCCCACCAGCCCCUUGGUGCCCCCAGACAGCUGGGGCCAGGGCAAGAGCCCCAAUGAAAAGAUCUCCAAUGGGACCAACAUUAACUGGCCCCCAGAGUUCUGCCCAGGCGUGCCAUGGAAGGGCCUUCAGAACAUCGACCCUGAGAAUGACCCCAACAUGACCCCUGGCAGCGUCCCCAGCGGUCCCACCAUCAACACCAACAUCCAUGACGUCAAUCGAUACCUCCUGAGGGACAGGAAUGGAGGUAUGAACAGAGGUAAACUGUCUGACAUGAAGUCCACCUGGUCCCCAGGGCCCAUCUCUCAGAGCCAAGCCUCUCUGUCCCAUGAGCUGUGGAAAGUCCCUCAGGGGCCACGCAGCACCACAGCCCCUUCCCGGCCCCCGCCAGGCCUCACCAACAACAAGCCCUCCUCCACCUGGGGCGGCAACUCACUGGGCCUGGCCCAAGGUUGGAGCGGCUCCUACUCCUCUGAGGGAACCACCUGGAGUACUGACAGCUCCAACAGGACCAGCAGCUGGCUGGUGCUGAGGAAUCUCACCCCACAAAUUGAUGGUUCAACUCUGCGGACCCUGUGCAUGCAGCACGGCCCCCUGAUCACAUUCCACCUCAACCUGACCCAGGGGAACGCUGUGGUGCGCUACAGCUCCAAGGACGAGUCUGCCAAGGCCCAGAAGUCUCUGCACAUGUGUGUGCUUGGAAACACCACCAUCCUGGCAGAGUUUGCUGGCGAGGAGGAGGUGAACCGAUUCUUUGCACAAGGCCAGUCGCUAGGGGCAAACACCACUAGCUGGCAGGCCAAUUCGGUAACCAAUCAGAACCGGAUGGGGGCUUCGCAGUCCCACUCUAUUGGCCAGUGGAGCAGUGGCGGCAACGGAGGCAAGGCCAGCGGAGGCGACCUGCUGUGGGGCGGGGUGCCCCAGUACUCCAGCCUGUGGGGGCCACCAAGCGGAGAAGACGCUCGCGUGAUCGGGAGCCCCACCCAAAUUAACACCCUACUGCCUGGAGACCUGCUGAGUGGGGAGUCCAUGUAGGGUGAUGCCACGAUACACUAACCAACCAACCAACCAACCAACCAACCAACCCACCACCACCAUGUCAUUUAAGCCAUUGGUGGAAGGUGGGAUGGAUAAAGUAAAAAAACAAAAACAAAAAAAAAAAACAGGAGCAAAACCCAAGCAAAUCAUGUGGCGAUAAUCAGUAUCAAUUUGAACUGUUUUGAACUGUGAAUUGUGAAUCAGAAGGCUGGGGUCCCUACCACACAGACUGCAGACUCCAGUCCUUCUGUUUUGCUUAUGUUUUUUUUGUUUGGCUUACCUUUUUUGGAAGAAAGAAAGCAAGUGUUUUUUUUUUCCUUUCGGUAUUUUUGAAAUGCAUCAUAUAAAAACAAAUUGAAAUGAGACACAACACAAAGAAACCUUUUAAGUGUUUUUAGUUUUUCCAUAAGUAUACAUGACAUUCUGUGUGAAGUGUUUUUAGGAGAAGCAAUCAAAGCUGCCAUCUGAGACUUUCCUUUUCCCUCCAAAAAAAAAAAAUCAUCCCAAAAUAAGACUUAAAACGACCAUUCCCAGCAUGUCCAUGGCCAAUGAUGUGGUUCAAAGACCUUUACUAGUUAUGUUAACGUUUGUUUCUCAGCACUAAUAUUAGCCUUAAGUGCUCUCUGGCCCAGGUCCUUCCCAAGCCGACUUUUUUUAGUUUGUUUUGUAACUAAAGAAAUAGCUGAAAUCUUGCACAGUUUCACCCUCUGAGCCAGCAAGUGGUACAGGAUAUGACCGGUGACGAACUCUGUCACUGGGCUGUAAGAAGGCCUGGCCACAUGACUGGCCCUACCAAUCAUCAGCUUAAUGAUUUUAAUUUGUAUUCUCAUAGGGAUUGACACAGCUGUUAAAUGUUCUCCUUUUUCUUUUUUUUGUAGGUCUAGACCCAAGCGCAUUUUUUUAUAUCUCUCACAACACAUAAGCUGAGAUAAGAUUAUUUGUGAACCUCGCUGCGUCUCUCCGUACACUGCUGUGUACGUUGGGUGGCACCUAAUCAUUGACAUCUGCAAGCCCAGAUCCUUCUGGUCACCUUCAACUUGGAACCCAGUCGCCUGCUGGUGCUUUGUUGAAUUUUCUAUUGACCGAUUUGUUAUAAAGUCCAGCAGUCUGUAUGGUCAGCCAGUUUUCGGAGGAAAAAAAGAACACAAUUUCACCUUCAUGUGACAGUUACAUUGUGCAAUAUACACCAUAGACCUUUCUUCCGUCCAUAAUCUAUGUCCACCGGAGCUGGUUUCACUUUUGUUUUGUUUUUUUGAUUGUUGCUGAUUGCAGCAAAAGACUUUGGAACUUCAGAAAACCUUACCCCUUUUCAAAACUUGGAUUCCCUCCAGGCUGCCAAUCCCCUGAAACUGUUGGGAAAACUCUGCAAAGAGGAAGAAGCAACUGUUGAACUGUGCAUGCAGCAAACUGUACUAAAGAGUGAGAGAGUACAGAAUAAUGCACACUUCCUCUCUGCAUGCCACAGCCACACCCAACAGAGACUGAAUCCACAGUGGGAUUGGAUGGUUCUGGGUAUCUGGCACAAUACCAAAUAAGAGGGGUUUCUCCUAAUGCAGUAGACCUACGAGUGUUCCUUGCGUUUGGUACUGUACAAACAGAAGAGACUAAGACUUUUAUAAAUUCAAAGGGUUUUAUCAUAGCACUUAUGAAGAGCAAAUCGCUUCAACUGCAAUCCAAUAAAUCAAAAAAAGGAGCAGCAAAAACAUUGAAAACAACAAAAAAAGAAAAAUACUGCUCUUUUAUGUACUAUAUCUAUUCCUUGGAAAUGUGUCUGCCGUUGUUCCUCUGGUAGCAGGAUGAAGGGAAACAAAACUGAAACAUUGGACUUUGGGGAAAAAAACUGCAGUCGGAUUUGUAUUUUUUAUUUUUUUUCCUUCUUUGGACAAUAUCAAAGUGAAUAUCACUGUUACUCCAAAUGUUUAGCCUUGUUCUGUUCGGAGGCACUAGACUUGCAACGUCAGCUGUCUCUGACAGCCGCUGGCCAGUCGGCCGGCCGGUCAGUCAGUCAGUCAGAGUCAGGUGGGGAGGGGGGAGCGUCCACUGAGUGCCUCUCUGCUGUGGUCCUCUGGAUGUCAAACGGCAGCCCCACAGCGCAGCACUUCCUCCUGGGCUCCACUUGACCCUCCCUCAGUCUCGCAAGAAAAAGCAGCUGCUCCAAGACUGGCCAAUCACGGCUCUCCGCCACACGUGGCAUCUCCAACGGGGGGCCUGCCACCACUCGACCCUGCUGUCGUUCCUGCCCUCUCCCCCAUCUCUCAGUUCUUUGACACAAAGAUCACUUUAGCUGGAAGAUGUAAUAGUCAUAUUUCUGGAAUUUUUGCCAGUGUACUUUUUAUUUUUUUGAAAAAGGUCAUUUGACUUUAUUUUUUUCAAUGUGUUAUGUUAUUUUUGUCUACAUGCAGUGGUCUACAAAAUACUGGCUGCUGAACUAGCCCUUCACUGUUCAUAUGCAGAAACACUUUGGUCAGAGGUGCCUCUGUAUGUUCAUCCUGUGUAUUGAAUGCAAAACGAGGAUCAAUACUACAGAGCGUUAUUGAUUGUCUAUUUGUUUUUAACUGAUCAUGCUUUUGUGUUUGACAGUAUUCUGUAGUACUUCCAGGUAGUAUCUCGAGAUGUGUAAAAAUAGGGUGUCUCAGACGGGGGGGUGUGGGUGUUUGUCGCUCCAAGCUGCUCCGCCUGCCCGCAGGCUGUCCCCCGUUGCCCUUUGCCUAGCUGCUACGCUAUGACCUCCUCCUUCACCUCAACCAGACCCAGUAGCCCUCCCCUGACCAGGCACCAACAGGCCCUCCUAUAUGUUUCUAUGCAAAAGACUAGAGGCUGGGGCCCUUUACAGCAUGCCAAACCUGACCUGGGAAUGAGCACUCCUCCCAGACCUUGGCAGACCCUAACACUUGUCCCCCGUGCGCUUCUGUCAGCACUUCAGAAUGGCCCGCCGUUUCUGUAAAGUCAGGCUACACCACCAGAACACUGUCGUAUACUAAAGUCCAAACACUUUAUCAAAGGUCGGCCUUUCUCUCUGCGCUGAAGACACUUCUGUCCAGCUUGAUCUCAGGGUAGGGGAGUUGAUGAUACCAAGUAUGAGAUGCAGCUCUCCGUAUCUGUCCUUUCUACUGUGAGAGCAAAGUCUUAAAUUAAAAGGCCAUCUGCGCAAACAAUAUGUACAGACCUCAUGCCUCGAACUUAAUCCUAAUUAGAAGGGGGAAAAGGCUUGUAUUAAAUCCUUUUUCUGAAAAGGUGGCCUACCGUUACUUUUUGGGCCUCCUUAUUACAUGUAAAAGAUGCCAACGUAAUGUGCCAAUAUAAAUUUGCUGUGUCAUACUGUAUCUUUAUAGAGAGCACUUCUGUUCCCUGUUUGGAGGAGCUUUGAUAACCUUUGCAGAGGGUGCAGCGGGGGACAGGAGGGAUCAAACAAAUGUGCGACAGCAUCACACCCUUAAACGACUGAGGUUUCUUUUUUUUGUUUUUUUAAAUGCUUUUGUGGGGAAUGCCCAAUGCUAAGGAGAAAAUCUUUACUCAGUUGGGGGUUCCAGUUUGCUACAGUGCACAGUUGAUGAUGGGUAAUCCCGGGUACAUAUUUUUUUAAAACCAAAAAUGAAAUCGCAUUUUAACGUCAUUUUUAUGAAGUUUGACAUAAAAAUCUUAAAAAUGCUAAAAAA